AUGCUGGCAACUCUCUGUGCUCUCAUCACUGCUCUAACAUGUGUGAGUGGUGUUACAGUGGUUACACAGAAACCUGUUGUAUCAGUGAGGAAAGGAGAGACAGCCACGAUGGACUGUAACCUGGGGACUGUUACUGACAGUGCUGCUCGUUGGUACAAACAGAUUCCAGGAGGAGUUCCUCAGUUUGUGCUGAGGUUUCGUCAUGACUGGAGUUCUCCAAGCUAUGGCUCUGGGUUCUCCUCUCCAAAAUUCACAUCCACUCAUCAGUCAAGAUCAGAUUAUCGUUUGAUCAUCAGCAAUGUGGAGGAGGGAGACUCUGCAGUCUAUUACUGUCAGACAUGGGACGGCUCUGUGAAUGAGCAUCCGAUUUCUGAGAACUCACGGCAGUGUGCCUCCCCGAGAUGUCCUCCAAUUUUGCGCCAAGAGAUGUUAUUCUGGGCUAGCCCUUCCGAGAUGUAUCCAGUCUGCAGUGUGAGUGGUGUGACGGUGGUGACACAGAAACCUCCUGUUUUAUCAGUGAGGAAAGGAGAGACAGCCACCAUGGACUGUAACCUGGGGACUGUUACUGCCUCCAGCCUCCCUCCUCCUGUCCUGACAGUCUUCCCUCCGUCCAGUGCUGAGCUCCAGUCCAACACAGCUUCUCUGGUCUGUCUGUCCAGUCAGUCUGUGUCUUUUGCAGAUGUGAGCUGGUUGGCUGGUGGGAGUUCAGUGAGCAGUGGGAUCUCUACCAGCACUGCUGUUCAGAGACCAGACCAGACUUACCAAAUCAGCAGCUCUCUGACCAUCCAGACAUCAGACUGGAACAUGGAUAAGAUUUAUACAUGUAAAGUGUCUUUGGGCUCGCAGACUUCAGAGAAAACCAUCAAGAAGUCAGAAUGUCCCACUGAAUAGUCGAGGACCAGAAUGUGCAUU